AUGUGUAAGAUCCUCUUAUUCACCUUCAUUUUAAUUCAUUCUUUGGCGACGGGAAAGGAGUGCGAAGAGAAUCAGGAUUGUCAGACCUUCUGGCCUAAGGCGGUUUGUUCUCGAGGCCGCUGUCGCUGUGGAAAGGACUUUCUGCGAAGGAAAAGUGAAAGUUUUGGAUGGGUUUGUCUUAGUCUCAAUGAUGCUGGUGAGUGUUUUCAGCUCUUGUAACCCUCACUACUUAUUCCUAAUCUUUCUUCUUACUGUAUUUUUUUCGAGUCCAAAACAUAAAUUUUACCAUUACAAGUUUUGUUAAGAACAAAAUGAUUUUAGUUUCUGGAAGUCUUGGAGCCCAACAAACGUGUCCAUUUCCAGCUGGAGCUGGUUAUUUAGUCGCCGAGAAAGGUGCAAAUGGCCAAUUAAUAGUUUGUGAUGACACUGAUUCAUCAGGUUCUUGUGGAAAGAACUUCGAAUGUAUUGGUGGUAUAUCAGCCGGUGGAGGAUUAUGCUGUCCACGGAAGGGUGGGUGGGUUUCAAACAAAGGGCCAGCUCUUCUUAUAUUCGUAUGGCUUUCUAAACGUUGCAUCUUUGAAACACUUUAUAACAAAUUUGUUUGUCAUUUCUCUCCGACUAGUACUGUAGUCCUUUUUCCAAAAAGAUUGACGACUUUUCGAUUAAAAAUUGCGCAAAAAUCCUAUCUAUUAUUAUCUCUAAAUUUCUAGCAACAGUACUACAUAACAUUUUGUCAUAAGAUUCCUCGAAAGUGACCGUCAUCCCUUCAGAAUUCACAUGUGACCCUUCCUCAGUGAAAGUUGAUGAUGGUGGUUGGUUAGAUCGCUGGUAUUUUGAUGGAAAGCAGUGUGUUUCCUAUGAAUGGAAUCCUGAGAGCACCGAAAGUCCCAAUACAUUCACAUCCCGGGAACAAUGUCAAUCAAUUUGUUCUAAAUAA